AUGGCACCAUCCGAGCACAAAUGGAAUUGCACCCUUGAAGAUGGCUCCAUCAUCAUCCGACAACAGUCGCCGGCCUUUGCUUUUGCGCAACUCAAGAUCCAGUUCCAUCGCACAAUCCGUGUCCCCGACAAUGGCGACAUAGAAAAUCUUCCACCUAGCAUGGGAGUGUUUCCACUCUUCAAGAUUCACGACUAUGUGAAUAAACUGCCCAAAUCAAUUGCUGUCAAGGGAGGCGUGUUCUUUCCCAUGUAUCAGAAAGAAGCAACAUGGAUCAAGUUCACAGCAUCCGACCCGUUCCUCGUCAAGAUCUAUGCUGGAGGAGUCAACGCUAUCUCUGGAGAGCACUGCGCAGAAGACUUGACUGCUCAAGUCCGCCGCCUGAAGGUCCAAGACAAGGGUGAUUCGAUCCAAGACUACGUCAUCACCCCUCAACAGCUAUGGCUGGAUGGUUUCGCAACCUCACCUGGUGUAGUCAAGCAAUUUGUUGCCAUGCCUCUUGGCACUGGAUACAGUGUAGAGGCUCAAGUCGCAGGACAGGAAGAGCUUGGAGGAAUCCAGCUCGAAGUCACGCCCCUUGACCUUGAUAAGUUCCAGGAGAUCAAGUUGAAAGAAUUGGGAUCAAAGGGAUUGAAGAAGCCAGUCAGCAAUGGAUUCUAUGUCAAAAUCCGGACACUCAGGGGAAAUAUCAUAGAGAUACCUUUCAGCCCAGAGGCCACAGUUUAUCAACUCAAGUGUGCAGUGUGCAAAUCAGAAGGUAUUCCAACGGAUCAACAGAGAAUGAUAUAUGAUGGCUGCCAGCUAGAAGAUGUCUUACUCCUCGCCAACUAUGGAAUCACAACAGGUUCUACGAUUCAUCUUGUCCUCAAAUUGCGUGGCGGAGGAAUUGCCCCGAAAGCUAUGGGCCUCGCUGCUGGAGGAAUGAUCAAGCAAAGCAUUUGCAAGGAUACCCACAACCCGGACCUAUGGGACCGUGAUGCAACCAUGGCCUUUCGAGUCCACCUAUUCAACAGUCAGGACUUCUUGAAGUUCACUGGCAGGGCACCACCUCCAUGUCCAAUCGAAGCAUCAGACUACGCUGAAGCAGGCCUUCCGUUUUUUGACAUGGGCGAGGAGACUACAGACAUUUCGGGACAAUUUGACAAGGUCAAGAGUGUAAACGAACUGGAUCAGCAGAAAGGUUUCACUCAAGGCCCCGAAGCUAAGGUCGAGACGAGCAUUAUCGAGCUGGAUAAGCAUGGCUCGUUCCUCAACUAUAAACCUAAGCCCAACAGCCUCUCUACCAAGGUUGUCGAUAGAGAGGGUCUGAUCAACUCGGAUGGUCCUCUCCGCGACUUUCGCUGCCUCCAUGACCUCGAGCUGGAGCUGAGUAACCUCAACCUGGACGAUCUUGAAGAAUAG